AUGACAACCUCAACCGUUGAAGAGCUCCUGAAAGAGACACAACAUGAUCCUGGUACCCUGGCAAGGUUAGUUGGCCAUGAUUGGUUCACCAGAACCAUCAACCGGCAUGUUCCAGACAACAUGAACCAUGAUUUCUUCUGCUUUCGGUCGGUGGCACAACACGUCGAAUACAGCACAGAUAGUUAUGGAAACGUCUACUCUUCGACGGUUUACGACAGUGCCGCUACCGCCACUGCCACUCCGGCCACGAAUUCAUUGUCGGCAUCAGACACAACCACAACCGCAGCAGCAACUUACCCCAGCAGUACUACACUGUACAGUUCUUAUACGACUGCCAGUACGUAUGAUGAGUCUACCACGGCCCCUGGUACGGGUCCCACAUCGACAAGUCUGCCAGCUAUACAGACGGUGCCAUUCACAGGUCAAGCAUUACUCGUUGGGACAUGUGGAAUUCCACAAUUCACAAUCAUCAAUUUCCCGAAUGGAGGGUCACUUGAAGUCCCUCUCGUGGGAUGUUCGGAUGACAGACCAGAAUGUUGUCCAUCCUUGAAUUUCACCGAGUUUCGACCAUCGCAGACCGGAAGUGAUGUUGACGGGGCAUCUUCUUCGACCACAGGAGCUGCUGCAGCGACGAGUUCCCAGGACGAUGGCGAUGGUGAUUCAACCCCGACAACUUCCUCAUGGACAGGUACCACUCCCAGUCCGACACCGACCGGUGUGGUGUCAAUGUUGAGUAAAGCUCCACUUACGGUGUGUCCGAGAGUCUUUGCUUUAGGUCUACCAUGUGCCGACGAUGAAGGAGAAGACGAAGACAAAGACGAGACCCAUCUGAGCACCGGUUCGAAAAUAGGUAUAGGUGUCGGGGUCGGUGUGGCCGUUAUCCUCUUGUUCUUGUCGGUCUGGGCUUGUCUGGCCGUACGUCACAGGAGACGUAAAAGGAUGAGAGCUUUGGAGGUCGCGGCCACACAAGCAGGUGGUCCCAUACGUCCGAGUCACCUUGAUACGACGACGGGACCGACACCAAACAAUCAAGGUAAACACGUUUCUACCGCCACGACCAUAUCUCCUCAAACCAUACCGGCAAGUCCUCAACAGAUGAGUCACGUCGGUGGUUAUCUACAACAAGGUCACGGUUAUGGCCCUGCCUUUGGUUAUCAACAACCUCAGUACCCUCAAUACCCUCAAUACCCUCUAUAUCAACAACAUGAUCCAUACGGUGGUCCCCCGAACUCGGGGUUUUAUCAACCAUCACAAUCACAAUCACCACCACCAAUGUACGGUGGUGGAUAUUAUACUCCCAACAACAACAACAACAACAACAACAACAACAAAGAUGUUGUCGGUCCUCAAUACUCUCCCGCUUUACCUUUACCCGUCGAAGUUGACGGUGGCGGAGGUGGUGGUGGGUUUGACGCCGAUCCCAACGGUCAUCAUCGAGCCAGCAUAUCAACAGGUAUAGGUAGUAACGGUCCAACUCAUCCAACAAGUGACCACAAUACCUCUGAUUCCGUCACGGCGGUCAAUGACACCACAACCACAAAUACAAACACAAAUUCCGUUCGACGAGGAGGAGGAGGAGAAGGUGGUGGUGGUGGACAACAAGAAAAUCUGGCCGAAUUAGGUGGAGAUGGUUCAACGAUUUCACCUCGUCACAACGUCGUCCGUCAUUAUCAUACUUGA